AUGUUGUGGCUGGCGACCGAGCACCGACGCUUCCAACAGUUGUAUCAUGAACCUUAUGCAUCCCUAAGCGCGUGCGCACGCGGCAGCGGCCAGGUCCAACUGUGGCAGUUCCUGCUGGAGGAGCUGUCGGCGGGAGCGCCGGGCAUUUGUUGGGAGGGUGCUCCCGGCGAUGGCGAGUUCCGCCUCUCCGACCCCGACGAGGUGGCGCGGCGCUGGGGCCGGCGGAAGCAGAAACCCAACAUGAACUACGACAAACUAUCGCGCGCGCUUAGAUAUUACUACGAUAAAAAUAUAAUGACUAAGGUACACGGUAAGCGCUACGCGUACCGCUUCAGCUGGGCGGGUCUGGCGGCGGCCUGCCAGGCGCAGGCGCCCGACGCCCCGCCCUACUGGCACUACCUCGCGCCGCGCGCGCCGCCCCCCGCUGCUGCCCCCGCACCCGCCGCCCACCACGUAGCACCCAAC